CACAAGCCUACACACAAAUUACUACGCAGUUCAUAACUUCAGAAGAAUUUGAAGAGAAUGAUAAUCAAUUUGUUGACUUUAUACCAAACCAAAGAAUGUUUCAAGAACCAGAUUAUGUACACAAUGUGUCAUUAAAACUAUCAGAUGUACUUGCUGAUAUAGGAGUAGACAAGAGAACUGUGUUGAAGAGGAGAAGAGCAUGGCUGCUGAUAGAAUCUAUUGAAAAAACAGCUAACAAACUACAGGAUAAGGAAUGUUCAUCAUAUUUUUAGGCAGUCUCUCUGAAGGCACAACCACAAUAGGACUUGAUUCUGACAGUGACAGACUUAUCUUCUGGAAUAAAUUAAAUGUGAUACAAGACUGGAAAGACUGGCAACCUGGUGAAACAAAUUACUUGAUGAUCCAAGAUGAAUCUGUAUCACCAGGCUACUGUUUACUACAAUGUCUGAGAAAAGAUGCUCCUCUUCCAUGCAAUCAUGUAUGUAAUGUAUACUCUUUCAGAGACAGGGCAGGGAGAAUACUACUGAGGAAUAGUUUAUUUUCUGAUUUUAUGGCUUCUUUUUUAGGGGGAGGAAUAAAACAUGGUCCGGCAUGCACACAACAACAUCUUGGGUCUAAAGAUACCGACUUUGUUGGUGCUAUAUAUUGUAAAGCAUGGCCUCUACAAGCUAGACAAUGGUUAGACUGGCAAGGUGUAGGUCAGUGGCCUUCAGAUGAUGUGAAGAGAUAUUGUAGCAAUACUGGAUGUUUUGUUGUUGGUGUUGGUAGCAAGGGCAGUCAAAAUGAGGAGCUUGAAUGGAGGAUAUCAACAUGUUUCGCAGAAAGGUGUCUGAUGUUCAAUCUCAAUAUCACACAGAUUCGGUGUUACGUGUUGAUGAAGAUGAUAUUAAAAACUUACAUCAAGACGCACUAUGAAGACACCAUUUCAAGUUUCAUGUGUAAAACUGUUGUGUUACAAUUAACUGCAAAUACACAGUCCAGUUUCUGGAGAGAAAAUAACCUACUUGUUUGUCUAUCAUCUUGUUUAUUAGUCCUGAACAACUAUAUUUUGAAUGAAAAUUGUCCACAUUUCAUCAUACCAGGAAACAAUUUAAUGGCAGGACAUAUUUCUUCUGAGUCUAAACCUCACAUUCUUGAAAUACUGCAGUAUAUCAUAAACAGUAAAGGAACAGCAUUACUAGAGAUUGAGUGUGACGAUCUUGGUGAAAGGCUUCAGCUGAAGUUGAAUAAUUUAUGUGUAGUCAAAGUAAGUGGCUCUGUUUCAGCAUAUUUAUUAUACAUUACUGCAGAGAUGGUUCAUUGUACCACAUGGCAAUGUCUAACUUCAGUUAGAAACAGCAGUGAUGAAAUCACUAUAAGAACAUUGAUGAAGUAUCUUUCCAAACUAGUCAUUCUCUCUCAAUGCCAAGGAUUGGACAAAACAGCUUGCAGGCUUCUUGCACCAUGGUUCGGUACAACACUGGGAUCAAUCCUGGCAUCCCAAAACACUGAACAUUACAAUGGUAUAUCAGAAGAAGCUCUCACAUGGAUCUCACUCGGUCUGAACACAGAUGUUUCAUCUGGAAAACUGAAGCUAGCAUCAGUCUUUUACUGCACAGGUGAUGUUCAAAAAACAGAAACUGUGCUCAGGGAUAUCGAAAGAUGCUAUGACCUAAAUAUUGUUGAGCCAGUAUGUAAGUGCCAUAAUUACAUAAAAAAAUAUGAGAGAAAAGGUUUCUAUGCAAUAUCUGACAAUCACAAUGAAGAUGCACUACAGUAUGCUACAGCAUUCUGUGUAAGAUUUCUGCGAUGUGAAAUUAACUGCAUUCCAAAAGAACUACAGUAUGAACUGUUCAAAUCUACAGAAGAGGAUCUUGCUUUCCGAGACGAAGAUGAUGAAUGGAUGGACUUUGCAAUGGUGGAUACUCUCCCUUACCUGUACUUCCUACAAUACAGGACUUACAGGUAUCUUGGGAGACAAGAUGAUACAAAAAAAGCACUUUCCAAUCUGAUCAGGACCAUUGAUCAGGAAACAAAUCUUGGACACAAGGAAACAGCCCUGAAUCUACUUGGACAAUGCAUGGAGCAAGAGAACAGGCCAACAGCUGCUUUGCGUUGUUACACAGUAUCCCUAACGCUAAGGGGAAGAAACAAUGCUGCCAAAAUCCAUAUAUGUAGGCUUCUUUCUACUAUGAUAAAUGGCCAGGCUUGAAACCAGUCAAACGACCAGGCUUUAAAACCAGUCAAAUGACAAGCCUUGGAAUCAGUCACUUCAGUAAAGUCUACACAAGAAUCUCAAUGGUGACUUCAUUUAUAAAACAAUUAAAGGGCAGUAACUCUAUAAUCGGUGUACUAGAAUGACAUGACAACACAAACAAUCUUCCGCUUGGUACAAAGGCUUGCUUGAAAGUUCCUUAGACUCUCACAAUCAGUUUUGAAGUACAUUAUGUCUGGACAACUUGCUAGUAAUAAACGUUAUAAAGUGGGGGGGGGGGGUGAUUAAAUUGAUGACAAGACCAUACAAAUGACAUGUAAUGCUAUGAGUAAUACAAAUAGAAUCAUUUCUUUGAAGUUUCACUGAAAGUUGAAACGGGCAUUUAGAGAGGUAGUGUAGACAAUCAAAAAAGGAAUUGUGAACAGACGUAUUGGCAACAGAAACAAUACAUUUUAACAUAAUUAUUUAAUGACUGAUACAAAAUCAUUAAAACUUCUUUCUAUAUGUUAAUUAAGUCUCUAACUUAAAAUAGAAUAUAUCAGACAACAAGGAUCUUACUUCAAUGACUGAAAUUUUGAAAUUUUGUGGAAAAAAGCCUUUAAUGUUGUAACACUCAUUCAAGCUUAAACAAACAAAAUAUUCCAAUGCAAAGGAAUGAAAUUGGAAUUAUGUGGACCACAGCAGGUGGUCGUAUAGUAAAUUAAAUGUUAUGUUUGUGUUUAUGUAUUCUUUAUAACUGGUAUACCUCAACAUACGCUAACAUCACUCCUACGUGUAUAACAACCAAUAAAAAUGCUGUAACAACUGAACCAUUAUUUUAUCAUAAUAAUAAAUAAAUGAGUCACGUCAUGGAAAAAUCAACAUAGUGUAUUUGUGACCAGCAUGGAUGCAGACCAGCCUGCACAUCCGCGCAGUCUGGUCAGGAUCCAUUCUGUUCGCUUUCAAAGUCUAUUGCAAUUAGAGAAACUGUUAGCGAACAGCAUGGAUCCUGACCAGACUGCACAGAUGCGCAGACUUGUCUGGAUCCAUGCUGGUCGCAAAUGCACUAUGUUGGUUUUCUCAUUGUGCAAAUAUACAAUACCAUUUAAACAUCUUUUUGAGAAAUGCACAGGAAAUUAUUGCUAUUACUUGAAAAAUAUAAAACUUAGAUGUACUUGUCUCCAAUUAAUUUAUCAAGAGGGUUUCAGAAGGAAAAGAAAACCUGUAAAGAAUCUGUAACCAAAGUAAGUAGUUACGGUUUUACUUUCAAACCUAGACCACGAGAUCCACGUCAUAAGUACCAGUUUCAUUCCAAAUUUGAACAUUUGUCGUGUGCUUUGAAAUCAUUUAUAUUUGUGAAGGACUUAUUUUUGUGGAUUUCCAUUGUGUAAAUCCACGAAAUUUAACCCCAUUUAAAAGGAAAUCUUCAUAUUAUUAAUUGCAUCUUUAAAAUUCAAAAUCCAUAAAUUCACGUCCCCUGCAAAAUAGCCAUAUUUGCUGAAUCCACAAAAUUUUAUGCCCACAAAAUAGAAUGGUUUUACAAAAACAGCAAAUUCUUACUUUUAGUUUUACAGAAUGUGGUCUAUGCAUACAGGUUUUUCAGUACAUCAUAAAGUAACUGGUUUUUUAGCAGGGUUGAUAUGAUAAUUCCUCAUUAUCAUAUAGAUAAAAAAACAACUGUUUUAUUUUUGUAUCCAACAACCUGAAGGUUACUUCUGGAAAAUUUUGAGAACAUUUGCAAGUGUGUAUCUCUCAAUAUAAAAAUUUAUAACAUUUUUAUUAUACACUCAC